UCUGUAUAGCGGAGCUUUUCACAGUGCUCUGAAAUGGAUUUUUCAAGUGCUAUUUUCCUAACUGUGUUCCUGGUUGGACAGGUGCGGGGUUUCACGGAACAAAAAUUCUUCUAUUGUUGCUCUAAAGUAUGUAGCCUAGAUUCUGGUGUAUGCGAUCCUGUUCUGGAUGAUUUCUCGAUGGACUCCUCCACAGUUUUAAUAAAGCUGCUUUUUAAGCUACAACUUUCAGAUAUCAAUCCGAAGUAUAUGGACACUGUCAGUCUAAAAAUUCGUCAAUUUCAAGAACCUCAAGACGACAAAACAAAUUGGAAAACAUUGGCUACAUUCCAUUCCAAUAUGUCUACAACCGAGAAGAGAACUCAGAAUGAGAUUGAAGCAGACUCUGGAACAGUAACAGUAUACUUGCUCGGAGAAUCCUAUGAGCUAGUACAGUUUGGCUGGUUUUUCAGUCAUUUAAAGCAAAAUACUUUGAGCACCGAAGAACAAGAAACAAAAUUGUCCAGAGUUAAUGCAUCUAUUUCUGACAUAUCAGUUACAAUUCUCAACAAUAGAGGCUUCGAGUUAAAGUCAACUUUGUGGACCUCCACUACUCAUAAUAAUGCUCAAGAGCUAACUAGAGUUUCAAAAGUGCUGGCUCUUGGCUCCAACAACAGUUUUGAAGAGAGGAACCAUGACAUUAUUAGAAGGUCUGGUGAGAGCAAUGAAUGCACUGGCAGCCGGAGUAGGGGUAGGGGUUCAAGAUCUAGAUGCAGUGACAGAACUGACUCCGCAACAACACCUCCAGCUACUGACUCCACACAAACUACAACUGCACAUGUUCCUUUGAUUAAAAACGAGUUACUAGCCAAUGAAGUGAUAGCAUUCGAAUCCGAGAUUAAGGCACUUGUAGACAAGAACAGCUCCACAAUUAGUAGCACUAUCAGUAUGUUGUCAGCUACUGUCAGCAAUCUGCUGAGUCUUGAAGCCGACACAUCCAUAGUAGAGUUAGAUCAAGAGCAAUUUCUGAGAGGAAUAGCAAGCCUAUUUAAUGGUAUCAAGGAACUUCCAAUCGCAAAGAGAUCAUCUCCUGCCAGUCAACUACUUCAACUUCUUGAUAUUGUCACCCUGACACUAUUCACUGAAGGCGUCACUAACAGUGGGAGCCUAAGUGUUAAUGUAAUUACUGUCAAUCUGCUUGAUGGUAUCUCUAUCCCUGGAGUGGAAGUGAACGGGACAUCAAUUCAAGUUUUUUUUGAGCAGGUUACUAAUGAGAAUUUAGUGCGGAUGUCAUCGAUUUACUUCUCUGAUUUGAGUGAAGUACUUGUAGACAACGAAACCGCUGAACUACUACAGUCUCCUGUGAUAUCAACAGCUUUCUUGUGUGGGAGAAGAGUUUGUAACACAACGGCACAGGCUUUGGAAUUGGCGAAAAUACCAUCAGUUGAGAUUGUUUUAAAACACACUGCUGAAAGUGAAGAAACAGUUAACUGCUCGUUCUGGGAGUUUAGGAACGACAGUGCUCAAAAUCAAGUGGAUGGUUUCUGGAGUCAGGAAGGGUGCAAUAGAGUCGAUGAAAAGUCUAACUCGUCUGUAACUGUGUGCCGCUGCAAUCAUCUGACACAUUUUGCGAUUCUGCUCAGUCCUAAACCCCCUCAGGUAAACAAUGCUACAGGAAUUGCACUUGGUGUCAUUGGAUACGUUGGUGUUUCAAUUUCUAUUGUUUGUCUUGCUGCAACUGCUCUGAUAUUCAUCUGCUUUAGGACACUUUGGAGUAUGAGAAGCUACAUUCACAUACAGCUGUGCAUUACAAUUAUCAUCUCACAGUUGGUGUUUGUUACUGCAAUAGACAAGACAGGUUCUGAGGUUGGAUGUGCAACAAUUGCUGUUGUUCUUCAUUAUCUGUUUCUGGUUACCUUUAUGUGGAUGCUAAUGGAAGGAGUGAUAUUGUACAUAGUCCUGGUUAAAGUGUUUGUAAAAUCAACACACAAGAAAUAUUACAUCCUUGGGUUCACUUUGAUCAGCUAUGGGGCACCUUUAUUCUAUAUGGGAACAAUUACUUUGCCAUUGGGCUUCAGGAGUCCAAGUUGGGACUAUGGGUACUCUACAGCGUGCUGGUUGCGGUAUGAUACACACUUCAUUUGGGCGAUUAUUGCUCCAGUCAUCGUCAUAAUAAUGAUCAACAUUGGCUUCUUUUUAAUGGCCAUUGCAAUCAUGCAUAAGCAUGACAUUCGUAACCAAGACCAAAAAGACAAAAAGGCAACCAUAAAGCGAUGGCUGAAAGCAGCCGUUACUCUAACUGUUGUCAUGGGUCUUACUUGGUUUAUGGGAGUGCUUGUGAUUGGAGACAAUCUCAUAGCUGUGGCUUUUAUUUUCACAAUAUUUGUCGCAUUCCAGGGGGUAAUUAUCUUUAUUGUUCUAGUCCCACUCUCGAAACAGGUUCGAAAAGCUUUCUUUAUGUGGAGUCGUGAUCGUGUUAAUAGCUCAUCCUUCCUUAGUUUGCACUUUGGGGACAAGCUGGAAACAUGGAUGUCUAAAUCUAGAGAUACUCUAGACACAGCAAAGAAGAACGAUGUGAAUGGUACUCAAUCUCACUAUCAACUUGGGACAUUUGACAGCAGUGGAAGUGGAAGUCAUGUCCUGGAAAAUCCAACCUAUGAUAACAAUAAUUGUUCAACACAAAAUGGAGCCCCCUGCAAAGAUAUGUCGCUAAACUUGGAAUCCUCAUAUCAGCUUUUUGCUGCAAAGGAAUUGAAAUUUACUCCAACUGAAUAAUAACUACACUCUGUGCAUGUAAUGUUAAGUUCAUCUCAUGCUAUUGCUUUUUCAUGCAUGUAAAAACCACAUACUUUUGUUCGAGUCAUUUUUAUUUUGGGUUUUAAAUUACUUAAUUUUUCAUUGUAAGUUUGUCGAUCUCUACCCAAAGUGCAAUCAUGUAGAGUCAUUCAAAUCAAGA